UUAUCCAGCGUUUACAGCAUUUUGGACAGUAGUGUGUGUGGCUCUCACUGUGCUCUCUCUUCCUGGGCGGCCUCUUCUCCUCUCGCUGCUUCGCUUCAUCUACUCGCCUCUUUCUCCAUCCCACUCCUACUUCCAUGGCACCAUUCUCUAUCUCCAUCUGAAGCAUUUCACUGAAUGACACCUCCCCAUCCAUGCCUUUAUUAGAUAUUGCUACAGCACAGCCUUCUUUCCAAAAUCAUUUAGUUACACUGAGUGCUCAAACCCUCAUUCAUGGUAAGGUAUCAGGUAAAUUUGCCUCUGGACCUGAGAAGAGGUUGGCCUCUGCAUGGAAACCCUUCCAGAUCCCCAAAAAAGUGGACUUCAAUGUUGGGCUUCUUGAGGCGCGGUGGGGCAAAUUCCUGAUCAAGGCAGUUGCUACUCUUGAAGCCAAGUGCUCAGUUCAGGGUGAAGGUGGGCAAAAAGGUUACAACAAUUUACCCUUGGGUGUUGAUUCAAGACCCCCAGGUAAUCCAAUUCAGUCCUCAAGUGAAGAGUACUCUGAACUGGACGAAAGAGAAAGGUUGAGACGAAUGAGGAUUUCUAAAGCAAAUAAAGGAAACAUACCAUGGAACAAAGGAAAGAAGCACAGCGCAGAAACCCUUCAGCGGAUCAGAGAGAGAACUAAGCUUGCCAUGCAGGAUCCUAAGGUUAAGAUGAAGUUGGUUAACCUGGGACAUGCUCAGAGCGAAGAGACAAGGGUUAAAAUUGGGGUUGGAGUGCGAAUGGGAUGGCAGAGACGCCGUGAGAAGCGGAUGCUGCAGGAAACCUGCUAUUUUGAGUGGCAGAGCUUGAUUGCAGAAGCUUCUAGAAGAGGCUAUGCUGGUGAGGAAGAGCUUCAGUGGGAUUCCUACGAUAUCUUGGAUGAACAGCUUGAGCGGGAGUGGUUAGAGAGUGUAGAAGAAAGAAAAAGGAUGCCUAGACCAAAGGGUAGCAAGAGAGCACCUAAGUCCCCUGAGCAAAAGAGGAAAAUUUCAGAGGCCAUUUCUGCCAAAUGGUCUGAUCCUGCCUACCGUGAACGGGUCUGCUCUGCCCUGGCUAAAUAUCAUGGAAUACCAGAAGGAGCUCCAAGAAAGCCAAGGAGAAGGCCAAGUGGUGACACACAGUCCACAAGGAGUCCUGCGAAUAAAACAACUAGUCAUAUACUUGAUUCUGCUGGGAGUGAAACUAAAAGCCAAAAUCAGAAAACCAGGUUGAAGAAAAGUAAUUCACCGAUGUAUAAGGAUCCUUUGGCAAAUUCCAAAUUAGAGAUGAUAAAGAAUAUUAGAGCUCAGAGGGCAGCUGCUGAAACCAAGAAGACCGAAGCUAUUGAACGAGCAAGGCUAUUAAUUGCUGAAGCUGAGAAGGCAGCAAAGGCACUUGAGGUAGCAGCAACAAGGAGUCCUCUUGCUCACGCUUCCCUCAUGGAAACCAAGAAGCUUAUAGCUGAAGCAAUUCAAUCAAUUGAAUCCAUAGAAGCAGGGCAGAUCUCCUCCCAUGAGAACAGCAGAGACCCUUCAUUUUCCUCAGCUGUACCAGUAAACCAUGUUGAGAAGGAAAUGGAUGCGGGAAUUGAAGGCCUGAACCAAGCAGAUCAAAGAAAAGUAAAUGGGACUAAAACCCUGGUAUCAAGUAAAAAUGACAAUGAGGACUUUGAUUUUGGUAAGUUCACCUGGCAGGAUCUACUGAAUGGCGACAUGGAGCUUCUCUCAACAAGCUCCAGUGGGUAUGGUUUGUCCCCUCUGGAUUUGGACAGUCUAAUAGGUUCAACAAAGCAGCUGGAUCAACAACCAAAUCUAAAUGUCGAACGGGAAGACAACCCACUACCCAAUGGAAGCAAACUUAAACCCAGAAAAGAGGCAGCACCUGCUAAUUCAGUAACUACAACUAAGAAAUGGGUUCGCGGGCGGCUCGUCGAAGUGGCAGAAGAGGAUUAGGAGAGAGAGUCGGUUCAAGGAACACUGAAGCUAAAUUUUAUCUCAGCUUUUAAAGUGUAGUCCACAUAAUGCAAUUCUUGAUCAUAGCUGUUUCAAACUGAAUAGCCUCCCAGUCUUGGCACAUCAAAGUUGAUUUCUUUCAUCCUCUUCUUGUCUGGUGAGGUUCAUGUCUAUGGCCGAUUAUGUUUCUUGUUAUAUAAUAUGUUUACAAGAAUUUUGAUCAAAUAACAGUUCUGGCAGCAUUAAUAGUCCUGAAUCUACUGAUAUUGCUCUUGUACAUGCUAUUUUAUUUGAAUUUUGAACUGGGUUAGUUCUUUGUUU